AUGGCACAGAAGGUUGGUGACCUGAUAGAAUUCUUCAGAGGAGGAUACGAGCACUGGGCUGUGUACAUCGGGGAGGGUUAUGUCAUUCACCUGACGUCUCACUCUGCACAGGGAAGUGGGUCCGCCAGCGUGAUAGGUCCCUUAGCCAUUGUGAAGAAGGAGAAGCUGGAGGUCGUGGCGGGAAAAAGCAAGUGGAGAGUCAAUAACAUCCAGGACAGCAAACGUCAGCCCCGCCCUACAAAGGAUAUCAUAAUGGAAGCGACAGCCAUGGUGGGCAAGACCGUGUCUUACAAACUCACAAAGGCCAACUGUGAACACUUUGCCACAUAUCUGCGAUAUGGCAAGCCAGAGUCACGCCAGGUCUCCCAGGCCGAGGAAGCAGGGUUGAUGGCUGUAGCGGUUGGUGCUGCUGCACUAACAAUCGCUGGUGCUGCAGCAGCAGCAUUCUUGUUUGGUGGUGGCAAGAAGGAGAAGAAGAGUGAAUAA